CAACAAGAUAAUUUACUGUGGUUGCGAGACUCAUCUCCCUAGACUCUCUCUGUUUCUGUAUAUCUCUAAACAGAGGCAAAGAGACCCCUCAUCAUCUCAAUAAUGGCACUCACUUCAAUCUCUCUACUACCCAUGAAAUCCAUAAGCAUCUCAUCCUCAUCACCAACUUCUUCUACUUUUUCUAAUAGGCUUAUCAUCAAUCCUCCUCUCAAGCCUUCCUCUAAACCAUUCCUAGUCUGCUGUCAAGUAGAGUCAGAUUAUGAAGAUCAUAUUCACACACUAAUUCCAUUUGCAGAAGAAUCAAAGAAGUGGAGAAGAUUAGUUUCAACAGCAUUGGCAGCUGCAGUGUUAACAUUCGGCACCAACAUGUCUGCCCUUGCCGAUCUCAAUAAGUUCGAAGCUGAGACUCGAGGCGAAUUUGGGAUUGGAUCGGCCGCUCAAUUUGGUUCUGCAGAUCUCAGGAAAGCAGUUCAUGUGAAUGAAAAUUUCAGAAGAGCCAAUUUCACGUCUGCCGAUAUGAGGGAAUCUGAUUUCAGUGGGUCAACAUUCAAUGGUGCAUACCUAGAGAAAGCUGUUGCAUACAAGGCAAAUUUUACAGGCGCUGAUUUGAGUGAUACAUUGAUGGAUCGUAUGGUUUUGAAUGAAGCCAAUCUUACAAAUGCUGUCCUUGUUAGAACGGUUCUCACCCGUAGUGAUCUUGGAGGUGCUGUUAUUGAAGGUGCUGACUUCAGUGAUGCUGUUUUGGAUCUUCCCCAGAAACUGGCUCUUUGCAAAUAUGCAAGUGGCACAAACCCUGUGACCGGGAUAAGUACCAGACAGAGCCUGGGUUGUGGAAACAGUCGACGCAAUGCCUAUGGUACUCCUUCCUCCCCUCUGUUAAGUGCUCCGCCGCAGAAACUGCUUGAUAGGGAUGGGUUCUGCGAUGAAGCCACCGGUCUUUGUGAGGCAAAAUAGAUGACACUUAUCUAGUAAAUACAUGUGGGAAAGAACAGAUUGCACAAUGAAUAUGCCCUUUUGACCCCAAACUUGUGGAGAUAAUUCAACUUUGAGAAUAUGGAGCAUUGUCCAUUACCAUCAUGUUUUCAAGACUUAAAUAGAAAACAAAGAUUUAAAUGAACCAUUCUUGCAAUGAUGAAGUGUUCUCAUGCUGGUCCAAAUGAGUAAUGAUGCAGGGGAGAGGUCCCAAACAAGUCUUAUCGAGUACUUUGCUCUGUUUUCUAUGCUGUUUUGAUAUUUGGUCAUUAUGGUAAAUUGAGGUUAAGUCCUCAGUUAGUGUCCUGAGGUUGGAGAAAUGACAAACAUUCCUUUUGAUGACACUAUAUUUUGGAGCAUGAAAUUGAAUUAGAAAAACCAAACACUUGUUUCCA